CCGCCUGGUCAGUCACACUUAGUGCUUAACGCAGGCACUUUUCUGCCUUGAUAAGCUGGACUUCCUGGGUCAGCAGCGAUGCGAUGGAAGAUGCUGGGAAUCCACAUGGCUGUGAAAGGCAAAAGGAUGCUCCUUCUCAGAGUCAGUUCCUGUCCAGUGAUGAAUUCCAGCCUUCUAAACUAGGAACUAAAGAAUAUUGGGAUCAUGCUUAUGAAAGGGAGUUGCAGUCCUUUUAUGAUUCAGGCGAUGUUGGUGAGAUUUGGUUUGGUGAAGAAAGCAUGGAUCGUAUCAUAACAUGGUUGGAAUUGCAAAAAAUUCCCAAAGAUGCUGCCCUGCUGGAUAUUGGGACAGGAAACGGGUAUUUUUUGAUUGAACUUGCAAAAUCUGGAUUUACUAACCUGACUGGAAUUGAUAAUUCUUCUCCUGCAGUAGAACUUGCUAAAGCUAUUGCUGAAAAGGAAGACGUCGUGACUUUGAAAUUACUGGUGGAAGACUUUUUGCACCCAUCUCCUAAUCUUUCUCAGUAUGAAAUUUGCAUUGACAAAGGUACUUUUGAUGCCAUCAGCCUUAGCCCUGACCACCCAGCUGAAAAACUGAGUUUAUAUCAGCAAGCCUUGCAUUGUGUCCUGAAGGAUGGAGGCCUUUUCCUUAUAACAAGCUGUAACUGGACCAAAGAGGAACUCAUCAGUCACUUCAAUGAAGGAUUUGAGCUGCUGCAGGAGCUACCGACACCCAAAUUCCAAUUUGGAGGCAAGACUGGACAUAGUGUAACAGCACUGGUUUUCAAGUGGAAAUGAUAAGUCAGGAUAACUGCAGCACAUAAGACUCUCUGAGUGGUCAGCUCCAAACUGCUGUUUUUCUCAGACCAGAAUUACUUUAACAAGCUGCAGCUAAUCACGAGUUGAGCAUUCCUAUUACUCAUACAUUUUAAUUUCACAAUCUUGCCGUUUAAUAGGCACUUCAUUGUGGAAAUGAUCAUUUUCAGUAUGAACUCAAUCACUCAACAAAGCCUGAAGUGAUGACUAAAAGAGUUGUGAUAAGGUAGUCUGAACUGAUCUGUGACUUUUUAAAUGAAGAUUAUUAUUCCCUUCCAUGCCCCGUUACAAACACCACACAGUAUUCACAAAGUGCACCAAUGGCCUCUAGUGGCAGCAAGCUGGGAAUACAUGAAUCUGUGCGAUCACAUUCAUGCCGUCUGUACUCAGCCGUAGAAGUAGGGCAGUCAGCUAUUGAGCCUGCUCAUAUUUGGGAGAAACUUUGGUGCCAAAACAACAGAUUGCAGUUCAGUCACGUUUUCCAAAAGUGCUUUGAGUUCAAGCCUUAUUUUGCAUCACGUUCAGAAUCUGUAUUGAAAGACAUCGGAAAUUGUUUUAGUGGAUAAAGGCAAAAUACUGUAGAUGCUGGAAAUUUGAAACAAACACAGAGAAGGCUGGACAAACUCAGCAGGUCUGGUAGCAUCUGUGGAGAGAGAAACAGAGUUAGUGUUUCAAGUACAGUAUGUCUUUGGACUAAUUCUGUUUCUGUCUCAACAGAUGUUGCCAGACCUGCUGAGUUUUUGCAGAGUUCUGUGUUUGUUUCGUUUUGGUGCAUGUUACAUGUCAGAAUUAUUGUGGGUGUUUUGAAACCCAUUAAGAACAUUUGCUCUCAAACUUAAAGGUUUAGCCAAUGCGAUGUGUUAAUAUGCAUGGGGUGUGCAUAUUUAAAUGUAGGCAUUUACAUAGUAAUACACCUUGGCAUAGAUGGAUUGAGGGUGACAGCCAAUGACCUUCAUAAAUAAGGACAUUUUCUUAUAGAUAAAGCAAUUCUGAAGAAGAAUCAAAAGUUAACCCUGUUUCCCUCUAUAAAUGUUACCAGAACUGCUGAGUUUCUCCAUCAUUCUGUUUGUUUCAUUUUUUUUAAAAUGCUGACUUAUAAUUUAUAAUGGACACUUGAGAAGCCAGAAGUUCCUGAUAGAAAUAGUAAUGCAUAAAUUGGAAUGGAAAGGUGGGAGAAGAAAAUCACAGCUUUGUGUUAAUUUUGAUUUGAUGUAGCAUACUAGUACAAUAAAGUGCGAGUCCAGUACUGUUAA